AUGGCACAAGCAAAAAUAGAGAUGGGUACCUUGGUUUUGGUCGUAAUGGCCAUGCUGUAUGCAGGAGCUGAGGCACAAUCAAGUUGCACAAGUGUGUUACUCAACCUUUCACCGUGCCUUAAUUACAUAACGGGGAACUCCUCAACCCCAUCUUCAGGAUGCUGCUCACAACUUGCAAGUGUUGUAAGGUCACAACCACUAUGUCUGUGUCAGGUUCUUAACGGGGGAGGAUCAUCACUGGGGAUGAACAUCAACCAAACCCAGGCUAUGGCCUUGCCUGGUGCUUGCAAUGUGCAGACCCCACCCACCACUCGGUGUAAUGCUGCUUCACCAGCAGAUUCUCCUAAUUCGAAUCCAUCAGGAACCGGAUCCAGAACAGUUCCCACAACAGAUGAUGGCUCUUCCAGUGGAAAUUCCUUCAAGUUGUCGAUUCCUCUGCUGUUCAUUGUUUUUGCAGCAACAUAUGCUUCAAUUUUCACAACGUACUGAUUCUUUAUUCCGUUGGCCUCCCACUAAUAAUGCUACUUUCACUUGUUAUUGACGAUUGUCGUUUUUUUUUUUUAAUAUAUAAUAUUGAGUUCCCUUAGG